UAACUCGUAGAAUUGAUGGCAGCUACAGCGAAAAACCAAAAAGAUAAACCAUAUCAGGUCCCAAGGCUGACUCCGCGGCCGACAGCGGCUUCGACCGCCCGUGCUGCUCGCAAUGCCACCAACCGCAAUCUCAGUCUUACUUCUUCACAGCGACUAUCCCCCAACCGUGCGUCCAUCACUUCUGGCACCAAAGUAAGGAAUUCCGGUCGAUUUACACCAAAAAGUGACUCAAAACAGGAACUGAAGUCUGACCGACCGUCAGAAAGUGACAUUGCGGAUGACAGCUAUCCAAUACCAGCUAAACCUGAAGCUACUUCAUAUAUAAUUGACAACGGCGGUGUAACAAUUGAGGAAGCAGGAGAUGGUCAUGCUCAUGAUAUUUACAACAACGUUCUCAAUCAGGAUGAAAUAGAAAUUGUCGACCACGGGAAUUACGGUAACCUGAGUAACAUGCACGAAUCCGAAAAUGAUGAAAAUCACACAGUAGUCAUUACAGAUUCUGCGUCGACGCCCACGUGUCCAAGUCAUUCCCAGGCAUCAAGCCGCCCUCAAACUCCGAACUCACCGUCUAGUCGACCGCAGACCCCUCGUAGCAGGCCCCUGACUCCGUCACAUCCAGCGCAGCGCAAAUCGGUGCCCAACAGCCGCCCCAAUACUCCCAUGUGCAACCCUAGUCCCCAGUCGAGACCAAGAACUCCGUCUCUACAAAUGUCGUCCUCUAGCAGAGUGGUGACACCAAACCUGCCGCAACCAUGGCCUCUGGUCAAAGAAGAAGAGGACCUGAAAUCGGUGUUAAUUUCAAAACAAAGGCAAUUCAGCCGCAUGAAAAAGGAACUGGACAUGAAACAACAACAAGUAUUGGAAGUUUUAGACAGCAUAAAGAGUUUAAGCGAGCGUAUGGUGUCAGGAGGAUUUAGCGGCAAAGUACUACAAGUACAAGAUUUGGUAGUAUUUAGCGUGGGAGAUUGGACUUCUGAGGAGGUCGCGCAGCUUUGCCGCGACGCUGCGGCAUCGUCAGGCAUGGAAGGCGCGCUUGAGAUUCUCAACAAUGCAACAUUAUUUGAUGAAAAUGUGCUUGCCGAGUUAUUUGCUAGCGUUACGAAGAUUCCAUCUCGGUUUUCCGAUCUAUGUUUGCAGGCAUUUACUGCACGGCAGGAACUCAUUGACUGCGUGAAGGAAUUUGCUGGACAAAUGGCAGAAGAUGGUCGCGGCGAAUAUCUGGAGCGAAUCGCUAAUUACAAUGGCGCCGGAUUAAAGCUUUGCGAAAAUUUACGUGAACUAAAAAUCGUUGCAGAUGACAAUGUUGACGCAAUUACACAGCUUUUGAAACGCGCAUGUCGAGAUCGAAAUGCAUUGAUAGCCGUAGGAGAAUCGUUGGUACGUGAAGUAGCACACCUUCGACAGGACCUCGAAGCUCGCACUGUUAUCGUGAACGAAAUGCGAGAAAUUCGGGCAGAAACUGAUACCACAAAGGCUCUUAAUGCAUCGCGUCGAGAGUUGGAAGAAGAAAGGUUAAGUAAACAUGUUAUGAAGGAUAAGUUAGCAGCCACUGAAAGUCAACUUCGUCAAACACGCAUUCGUGUAACCAAAAUGGACCGACAAUUACGAGAAGCCGAAGCUACUAUUACGAGUCUUACAGCUAGUGUUAAGUCACUUGAAGAUCAGAGCCGUCAGCGAGAGGUUCAUUUAGAAGCUCGAGCAAGGAAAUUAAAAGAAUCUUUGAAAACCGGUGAAGUUACAAGCAAUCAAAUAGCUCAGCAGCGUGAUGCAUUGCAGUCUGAAGUGCAGAAUGUCAAAGAACAAAUACAAACUAUGACUAUUGAACAUAAAGCCAACGUGCAAGAAUUGAAUAAGGAGUUGAAAGAUUUGAAGAAUGCCAUCGAAGAGCAACGACAAAAUGUACAAAAAGAGACCGAGCAAAGAAUAAAUGUUCAAGAAAAGCUCAAAGAAGCAGAAAAAUACAUUGAAGAAUUAAAAGCUAAAAAUAGUGAGCUAGAAAACUGCAGGCCAAACCCAGAGUUGCCAACAGAAAGAGAGAUGGACUUAUGGGCGGAAUUACAAUCUACUAAAGAUGCUCUUCGAAUGACUGAAGACGAAGUAACUGCUUGUAAACGUGAGAAAGUCCGAUUCUUGGAAACUCUGACAAAAAUAUCGGAAUCCGAGAACAAAGUAGGCAUGCAACAAAAAUUGGCAGCGGAACUUUUAAGCAAAGAAGAAAUAGUAAACAAAAUGCAGAUACAAUUAAGAGAAUUAACCAAAAACAUAAAAUUGAAUGAACAAAAGGUUACUCAAUAUGAACAAUAUGUCCGCGACCUACAAGCACACCAUCGUGCCGUUGCCAAUUGUCAGGAGGCGCCGAAUGGAAUUAGUUACCAAGACCUGCAACAAGAGAUUAUGAAUUUGAGGAUGAACCUUCUUGACACAGUUCAUCGUAACGAAGAGUUAUCGGAGAUUUUAGCACAAAAAGAACAGCAACUUGAGCAACAAGACAAGACAUCACGUGCCCAGGCAAGAGUCAUCAAGGUUCGCGAGGAACUUAUCAAUAUGCUAAAGAAUAAAGAAACUGAACAAAGUAGAGAACUGUCUGCAUUGCAGCAGGACCUUGAGCAUCGCAUGAAAAUUGUAGACGAAGUGAAUAAGCAAAUUGCUUCAAAGGCUGAGGAAAUUCAGGAAUUAUUCGCGACAUUAGAGAAUAAACAGCAGCAGAUUCAUCGGCUUGAAAAGAUUGUGCUGGCACUGGAAGAGCAACAGCGCCGCGCACAGGCCCAGCGCACGCGACAUGAGGAAAAAAUUGCUGCACUCGAGCAUGAGCUUGCAGCUGGAAACAGACGUGAACGCAAAUUCAUCUUCUUCUGAAUAUCAUACGGCGUGUCGGGAAAUUGUAUGAGUGCUUAUGAUAAUACUUAUGUAUUUUGUUUGACCUUGUAUUUGUUUCAUAAUAAAUUUGAUAAUAUUGAAUAAAUAACCUUUACU